AUGACCUCACUGCCCACUGGAACCCCCGGGGACCCCGAUUUGUUUUCUGGGCUGCCGCCAGCCGGCUCCACUCCAGGCAACCAGAGCGCAGAGGCCUCGGAGGGCAACGGGUCGGUGACAGUCCCCCGCGCUGCAGCAGUCACGCCCUUCCAGAGCCUGCAGCUGGUGCACCAGCUGAAGGGGCUGAUCGUGAUGCUGUACAGCAUUGUGGUGGUCGUGGGGCUGGUGGGCAAUUGCCUGCUUGUGCUGGUGAUCGCGCGCGUGCGCCGGCUGCACAAUGUGACCAACUUCCUCAUCGGCAACCUGGCCUUGUCCGACGUGCUCAUGUGCGCCGCCUGCGUGCCUCUCACGCUGGCCUAUGCCUUUGAGCCUCGCGGUUGGGUGUUCGGUGGAGGCCUGUGCCACUUGGUUUUCUUCCUGCAGCCGGUCACCGUCUACGUAUCGGUGUUCACACUCACCACAAUUGCUUUGGACCGCUAUGUCGUUCUGGUGCAUCCGCUACGUCGGCGCAUCUCACUGAAGCUCAGCGCCUACGCUGUGCUGGGCAUCUGGGCGCUAUCCGCGGUGCUGGCGCUGCCGGCCGCAGUGCACACCUACCAUGUGGAGCUCAAGCCCCACGACGUACGCCUGUGCGAGGAGUUCUGGGGCUCACAGGAGCGCCAGCGCCAGCUCUAUGCCUGGGGGCUGCUGUUGGGCACCUAUUUGCUCCCCCUGCUGGCCAUCCUCCUGUCCUACGUCCGGGUGUCGGUGAAGCUGCGGAACCGCGUGGUGCCUGGCAGCGUGACCCAGAGCCAAGCUGACUGGGACCGAGCGCGUCGCCGCCGCACCUUCUGUCUGCUGGUGGUGGUGGUAGUGGUGUUUGCCGUCUGCUGGCUGCCGCUGCACAUCUUCAACCUGCUUCGGGACCUGGACCCCCGUGCCAUCGACCCCUACGCUUUCGGGCUGGUGCAGCUCCUCUGCCACUGGCUGGCCAUGAGCUCUGCCUGCUACAACCCCUUCAUCUACGCCUGGCUGCAUGACAGCUUCAGAGAGGAGCUGCGCAAAAUGCUGCUCUCCUGGCCUCGAAAAAUUGUGCCCCAUGGCCAGAGCAUGACCGUCAGCGUGAUCAUCUGAUGUCACCCUGCCAGUCCUGAGCUGGGGAGCUUCGUAUCCCUUAGCCCACAUGAGACCUAAUUCCCAGCACCAGAG